UUUUUUAGUGAUUGUUUCUAUCCGGGUUAUAAAUUUAUUUAUGCUUUGUUGUUCAAUGUCUGUUGUACGUCAUCAACUUGUGCCUUCUCCAUCAACAAGUGUAAAGGAAAGCAGGGAGAAGCCAACAACGUCUAAUGGUGAUCAUACAAAAUCUGAAGUAUUGACAACGUCGCAUCCAUUGAUUUCUGACGGCAAAAACAUCUCAGAUCCACAAAUUGUCAAUAAAUGGACGAAUGAAUUUUUGCCAAGGCCAGAACCUCCCCGUUUUUUUCGACCGCUAUGUAAUAGACUUGCAAGGCAAAAUCAAAUUCUUCAAGAAUUGGAGCAAAAGCAUCACGAAAAUACUAAAAAAAUAAUUGCGGAAGCAAAGCGAAGAAUGGAAAUGUCAAUAAGACAAACAAGGGAUGAACAGAAAGUUCAACUUAAAGAAAAAAGGAAAAAAAUUGACAAGAAUGUUAAUAAAAGUUCCUUCCCCUUAGAAAAGAUGUCAACCAGUGUUAAUCAACAAAAUUCUAACAAUAAGAGGUCGUCUUCGCAACUAAAUUCUGGUCAUGAUGUGAAAAAGUCAAGAAAGGAUCUCAUGCUCACUAAAAAUGGAAUUCCGGCUAAACUUAAUAAGUUUAAGGCUUAA